AUGGUAAUAAGUAGCACAACAUUCCCCCAUAAGAAGAUCCACAAGGGAACAUGGAGAUCGCCGGAUGGUAAAACAAUUAAUCAAAUAGAUCAUGUACUUAUUCAAAGGAGGUUCCGGUCAUGUAUUGUAGAUGUAAGAAGCUAUAGGGGGGCAGAUUGUGAUACGGACCACUUUUUGCUGAUAUCAAAAUUUAAGAUAAUACUACAAGGUCACAACAGUGUAGGAAAAAGAAGGAACCAGUUUAGUGUAAAUUUAGAAGCGUUAAAGAAUAUAGAGAUUCAGAGUAAUUAUGCAACUAAAAUCAGCAAUCAGUUUAGAAACCUCCAAGAGCGAGAUAUCGAUUCAGAAUGGAACCAGGCCACAAAUAUUAUAAAGGAAGUAGCACAACAAACUAUAGGAAAAACUGAAAGCAAAAAGAAUAAGAAAAAAUGA